AUUUAUUAUUGUCUGGUCUGUUUUCAUAAAAUGUUGUCAUGUUUGGUUUAAUUAUUUGUCAGAGAUAUUGAUCAAAAUGAGUUUGAAAAUUGUAUUGCUCUUCUUCUUGGCAGCUCUUAUCACAAUCCAAGCUGCGCCAUAUAAUUCACACGAACUGAAGGGAGGCGUCUCGUUAGAUGUGAAGAAGGUAGAUGAAGAUGGAACCAAGGUCAGGGUUGACGGAAGGCAGGAAGUUUUCAAAUCCGACGACGGCAAGACGAAAGCCGAGGUGUACGGACACGUGGAGAGGAACUUCGGUAGAUUUAGCGACAGACAAACGAGAAAAGGUGGUGGAUUCAGGAUAGAACACACUUGGAAAUGAGCGAUACAUAACUUCAUAUUUUUUGCAAAAAUAAGUCAUUUUAAUCUAACUCCACCUAAACAACUGUUGAUCGGGGCUGGAUUUAGGAACGAAAAAAGAAAUGAGCUACCAGUUUGAACCAUAAAUAGCAUGUAGUAUUCUCUCAAAUAUACACUAUCACUAGUUUUGAAAA